AUGUCCCACGUGCUACAGAGCAGCACAGUUACCCUCCAAGAACAGGCUGCCGAGUGUCAAGAACUCAUUAAUCUCAAGCACGAUUCGGCCAUGGUUCAAGGCGCUUCUACUGCUGGCUCCGUGAAUGCGGUCGCAACAGCUAAGCCA